CGGCCAGAAAGAAGCAGAGAUCACACGCGUUUGGAGUUUGAUUGAGGGAAAUUCAAUUUGUUAGUUAAUUUCUUUCUGGUAAAGCUGGAUUACUGAAGGAAAAGACCAGGCUCACAGGCACCAGGACCCAUCGACCAGCUAAAAUGCCGCGACGCUAUCAGAAAGCACUCAAUUUGUCCAAACUCAGUGCCCAGGUCAGAAUUAGUGAUAAUGAAUCCGAUGCCGAGGACGAUUUUCCGCCGGAUCAAGAAGCAGAGGAUAACAAUGAGCCAGAUCAUCUGCGCAGCAUUUUGGAGAAUGCACCGCAUUUCUCCAAACCGGGCCUGAACACUGGAAUGUUGGGCCAAAUCUUGUACGAUGAGGACGAGAAUCGGAAGCAGGACUUGCCUAACUGCUCGGUGACAGUGCCGCUCCCCCUUUUUCUGGCCAAGGAUGGACAGACGCCUCGGGAGGAAGCUUGCAUCCAAAGGCCAGGCGCCUACGACGAAUGGACACGAAAUUUGCAUUUUCAAAAGGCAAUAUUUGAUAGGAAGUUUAAAAAUAUGAGACAGCGCGAAAAAAAGAUGGAGCAAGGUGUUCACAGUGCAAGUCUGUUUGAGUUGGCUGAGCAUAUAGCCCGGCAGGAGAAUUCCUUCUUCAGAGAUAGCUACGAUUACUACUACACAGGCGGAAACCUAAACACGUUGCCGUUUGAAGGAGGCGGCCAUCUGGCCAUGCAUGUCAGUGGAACGAAGCUUAGAGACCUGCACUUUUCCAGAGAUUAUGGUGAGGCGGAGUUUUGGCAGCCAUUGCAUUCGGCUCAGUUAGAGGAAGCCUCCAGCGAAGUGUUUGAACUUCUACCACUGGACAAUUUGAAUCGUAGUCAUAUGUUCCUGGCACGGUUUCUGAACGAGGUUUCCCUAUACCAACUUAAACGCAAAGAGGAGCAGGAUCCGGAAGAUUACGAACUCAUUCGCCAAUGCAUGUUUAGCGGUCAGGAAGCUCCAUUUACAAGCGCUGCCCAAUCGUUGGCCAAUGCCAAUAAUUUGGCCCUAGCUAGCCAAGAUCGCUCCUUACGCUUCAUGGAUAUUUCGACACAACAGGAUAUAGCCAAGCUUGAUGUUUGCUUACUAAAAGGACUGAAGCAAACCACCAGUACCUGGGCACAAUUAAUGCCAGCAGAUGGUAGCACCUUUCACUACCUAACACAGCCUGUUUUGCUUACCGUAGAUGUGCGAUGCAAUCAGUCACUGAAUCCGUGUUUUGCCAGCAGCGUUCACUCCAAAGCUUGCGAGAGGUUCUCCAGUUUGGCGAAAAGUGUGAAUCCCAAUCUUUUGUAUGUGGCUAGUAACCACAAGCUGCACUGUUUGGACAUCCGAUGUUUGGGUAAAAAGCUGACCGAUCGAGCUGUAGUAACCUGGACGCAUCAGAUGACCUUUCCGCCCACUUUAAUUGACACAUGCGUCCAUCAGAACAGUGAAUAUAUAGCUUUGGGUGGACACUUACCCAGUGAUCUGCGUAUUUGUGAGCUGCAAGGAGCUCGGGCAAAAAGUGUGGAUGAAAUGUUUUCGCCUGCAAUACCCUUUGCGCCACUAACCUUGGAGGAAGCUUUAAUAGAUGCUCGCUUGGGAGGAUUUGUUGAUGUAUAUGCUGAUCUGGCAGAGCGAGUAACAAGCUGUAUGACAGGAAUGCGAUUUCUUCGCUUGGAAGGGGCAAGUGAUCAAGCUUUUGCCCAGCUACUAACCACAAACAGCUUAGGAGAUGUUUACUGCCAAAGAUUAACGCUAAGGGAUGAAGAUGAGCACGUCCAGGACAUCAGAACCGGACUUCACACCACGGAAGCCAUUCGCUACCUUGCCAAUGCUGUACAUGAACGCGUCCAACGCCAGAGCAUACGCUGCACAGAAGUACGGUCGAUACCAGAAAUAAGGGAGAUUUUUCGAGAUUCUACCAAGAGAUCAAAACCUGAUGAAAAACCUCUAAUCGUAGAAGAGAUCGAAAUUGACUAUGGAAUAGAGGAUACGGAUGUUUCAGAAGAUGAAAGUCUGGGUUCCGAAAAGGCAGAGAAAGAUACUUCGAAAUCCAAGAAAAAUGAUAAGAAAACACCUAAGAAGAAAACCAAGCAGAAACCAAAACGUCAACCGAAAAAGAAAGCUCCAAGUAACAGGAAUGAUAAAAAGCAGAAGAGCAUCAGUCGCGGUUCCUGGCAGAAAUCCGCUUACCAGCUGUCCCACUACACGGACAUGAUGUCAAUCCGUUUGCUGGACGUGUGGGAUAUGGAGGAGUACGAUACCACACGAGACGUGACCAAAGAAAUGUUUGAAGAGCGAUUUAAGGAGAAGGAGCUGAAACCGGAACAACGCAUGGCCAACUGGUUGGACCAAUUGCCCAGUCAAACAGGGCAGCCCACAGAAGACGAGGUGGCAGAGGGAAAUCCCGACAUGGUUCCUGGAACAAGUCUGCCCAAGAUCUAUGGCGCCACCACAGCGAACUACUCUAUGAUUCCAGCCCCCAACUCUGAAAAGGACAUGGCACAGCCCCUCCUGAGUCCCAAAAAGGAGUCGCCUUCUGCAUUUAGGCACGAGUUUUCAAUCUUGCUGCCCGGACAGAAUACUAUCGUUGAGGACUACCAUACUCCCCCGCCCGCUAAGAGGCAGAAGGUGAAGCACGUCAUGGGUUUCUAGCUUAAGUUUAAGUUUAAGUUAUAAAUAAAUAGUAGAUUAUAAAAUAUAUUAAAUAAUUAAUACGUAUUCUAAAUAUUAUUUAAGAAAUG